CGGGUUUUUUCUGAUUCCAGCUCUUUCUUUUUUGCUUUUUGUCAACUUCCCGCCACAUGGUUUCAAAACCCUAAAACAAAAAAACCCCAAAAUCCAAAACACACACACAAUCUCAUCCGAGGCCCCGAGUUCCCCCACCCCCCCCCAAAACACACAACACACAUUCAUGUCAUCAGUACAAUCGUGCAGUGCUAGUGCUGCUGCGGGUGCUGCUGGGGGUGCUGCUGCGUCGCUCUGCUCGAGUCGGGCUUCCGAUGCGGCGGCGGCGUCGGCGGCGGUUGGUGACUCCGACAAUAGCAACAAGAGCAACCACCACCACCAGCACACGGCAGCAGGCACGACGACCAGCGCACAGCCACCACUCGACCAUCACCAGCACCAUCAGCAUCCGCUUUCAGCAGCAGCAGCAGGAGCAGGAGCGGAGGCUGAUCUGGGACAGAAGGCCGCGCAACCACCUCCGCGGUUGGCAACGGCAGUUUUGCCGCUCUCUCCGCCGUACUCUGCCGCGGUCUCUGCAGCGGUCUCGUGCACCUCGCUUAGCGACAUGGCGACAACAACGAACAACAACAACAACAACAACACUGCUGUUGCUCCUCUACCUCCGCUUCCGCUGUCGACGGCUGCUGCAGGGACGGCUUCUUCAUCACCAAGCCCUGCUGCUUCAGGUUCGGCCGACCACCACCAUCACCAAGCAGCCCUGCCCGCGCUGGCCCUGCCACUGUCAUCGCCCUCGUCGUCGUUGCCGCGCGCCGUGCCUGCGAGUGCCCCGUCGUCGUCGUCGUCGUCGUCGUCGUCGUCGUCGUCGUGCGCUCUGACGGCAUCCGCGAUCAGCGGCAGCGGCAGUGGCAGUCACAACCACACUGGCCUCACUCCAUGCGCCCUGUCCCCGCCAUCGUCGCCCGCCGCCCCUCACCCGUCCCACCACCACAACCACCACCACCACAACCACAACCACCACCACUCUCAUGCGUUCGAGUCGCAGCACUUUUUCAGCGCACGGGCGAACGCGCUCGCCUUCCAGCAGCAUCUGCAGCAGCAUCCGCACCUCGUCCUCUCCUCGUCGCCCUCCUCAUCCUCCUCGUCCUCUUCAUCGUCCUUCUCGCGCGUGUUUCAGCAGCAGUCGUACCAGCAUCCAAUGUCAUCGCACGGGAUCCGUCCUGCGCUGCUGCUCCGGUCGCAGUCGAGUCCACCUGCGCGAUCGCUGCCAAUUCACAACAGCAACAGCAACAGCAACCACAACAGCAGCGUGGCCGACCUCCCCUCGUCGACCACUGCCGCCCUGCGCACAAACACCUCUGCAUUGAAGAUGACCGUGCACUCUGCGCCAGAGCUCGCGAUGCAUGACUACGACCACCAGCAGCAGCAGCACGAGGACGAGGACCCAGUCGCGUUGGCAGAGCGAAGGCGCAAUGCGUUGCUAGCACAAGCCCAAACGCCGACAGCCAGCCAACCCGCAACGACCACCGCCGCCGCCACCACCGCGAAUACAGGCGCAAUUGCUGCUUCUACGACAAACGCAGGAGUUUUGAUUGCCAACACAAGCACAAACACGAGCUCAGCGCCCGUUUUGGCGGCGUCAGAAAGUGCAGCCACGCGGACGACGACGACGACGACAGCGAUGGACGAUGCCACUUUCGGCGCAUUCGUGAGUCACCCGCACUUGGGCUUGGAUGCAAUCGCAAACACAUCGGCCAAUCAGCCCAUGGUCGACGGCGUGAGCUCAAUUGCUGCUGCUGCUGCUUUGAUGUUGACAAAGGACGAGGCCGCUGACUCAUCAUCGGUCGAAACCGCGCCGAUUAUUCCCACCAAUGCGACCAACAGCUCUGGGCGAUCAGCAUCCUCCUCUGCAAUGUCCGCGGAUGAAGAGGAUGCUUUUGCCAACAUGGCUGCAGCUGCGUUCGCUCAGCCGCCUCAGCAACUGCAACCGCAACCGGUUUCCCGGCUGACACGUGCCAUCCGAGAACAACAGGCGCAACAGCAACAGCAACAGCAACAACAGCAACAUCCAUCGAUGGAUCACAACCAACUGCAGCCUCCAGUGUCAACCAUGGAGCCCCCGCUGAGCCCGUACGCGGAUGCGUCGUCCCUCCCACCCAGCGCGUCGCUCGAAGCCUCGUUCUCGUCCUCCUUUACGCAACUGGCUGCGUCGCACUACUCGCUGUCCGCCUCCUUUUCGUCGUCCUUCACGCAGCUGGCCUCACACCCGCACAUUGCCGCUGGCGUCGCACCGCUGCCCAUCCACGAGUCGUACCGUCAGAUGGGCCAGCAAACCCCGAUGCGCAUCCUGCUCAUCGAAGACAACGUGCUGCAUGCCCGCGCGUGCGUCGACUGCCUCACGGCGCUGGGCUUUGACAAUGUCGACGUGGUCAGCUCGGGCCAGCAAGCUCUGCGCGUCAUUGCCCAAAUCCCGCUCAAGCCCCGCAGCGGCUCGACCGACUCGCUGGACGACCUGCCCGCCGCGAUGAACACGCCGAGCCGCAAAAGCUCCACCUCGUCCACCUCGUCCUCCACCUCGCGCAAGGGCAUGCCGUACGAUGUCCUCAUCAUGGACAUUAACGAUCCCAACGAGCUGGAUUUGCUCCGCAUCUCGCGGCACGUGCGACAACUGUUUGCGGCCGACGACCAGCCCACCAUCAUUGCGCUGGCUGCGCCCAACACGGUCGACAUGCUGGACUGCAUCAAGUCGGGGGUCAGCUUCUUGCUCAGCAAGCCUGUGGCGACCAAGGACUUUAUCGCCGCGCUCAUGCAAGCAGCCGCCAAGCUGAACGCGCGUCAGCGUGUGCAAGAGGAGGCGAACGACGUGGCAGCCCUGCUUGGACCUGGAUCACGCGCCCUGCUCGCCGACGCUGCUGCCGCUGGCGAUGGCCUGAGUCUGCCUGGAAGCGACAGUGACAGCGACGAUGGUAGCCUCUACAUUGUCGACACCGAUGUCCCUCACCAUGCUGGACGUGUCGUUCGCGACGCCGCGGCCCUCCUGUCCUCCCAGUACCAGCACCAGCACCAGCAGGCGCACCAAGGCCGCUACGUGGACGCAGACGACUACUACUCGUCCUCUGAAGACGAUGACGACGAUGACAACUUUAUCAAGUACUAUGAUGAAGCCAACAUCCAAAUCGCGCACCCAGUCAACCCGUACGUCUCCUCUGCGCACUCGACAGACCGUCGCUCGCCUUCUCCGACCGAUGACAGCGGCGCGUCCUCCACCGACCACACACAAGCGGCGCGCGCCCGCAGUGGUUCAUUCUAACUGUUGAUGAUGUCUCACCUCGCUAGCAGCAGCUCGAGGUGGCUCGAUUCAUGCUGUCUUGAUGUCUUGCUGUUGUUGCUCUCUUCAUUGUUUGUUUGUUUCGUUAUGCGUUUCUGGCUGUGAUUGAAGGUUCGGAUGCAGCGCGUUCGUCCCCGUGUCGUUCUCCUUCUAACUGUGUGUCUGCGUGUCGUCUUAUUGGAAUAGCCUGGUUGCUAUUCUUGAGACACUUCUUUUGUUGUAGUCGUCUCUCCAUGUCUUCAUCUCGGUGUUUUUGUGUGUGAUGUGCUUUUUGAACAAGACAAAAAAGCAUUUCGUCCUCAAUGUUUCA